AUGAAAGGAUCUCUCCUGCUAGCCGCAGUCUCGCUCUGCGGCCUUGCGCUCGCAAAAAGCAACCGUCCGGCACCACAUCGACUACAGGCACGCGACGUCGACCCAACGGAACUGUAUCCUGGCCAUAACAUUUCGGUGCCCAUCGACCACUUCCACAACGAAACCAAAUAUGUCCCUCAUACGAACGCCUCCUUCAACCUGCGUUACUUCUUCGAUGCGUCGCAUUAUAAACCAGGCGGCCCUGUUAUAAUCUUGCAGAGCGGUGAAGCUGAUGCGACUGAACGUCUGCCAUACCUACAGAAAGGCAUAUUAGCUGAAUUGGUCAAUGCCACCAAUGGCAUCGGAGUUGUCCUCGAGCACAGAUACUAUGGCACAAGUUUUCCUACAGCGAACUUGACCACGAAGAGCCUACGCUUCCUCACCACCGAGCAGGCAUUGGCGGAUCAAGCCUAUUUUGCUCAACAUAUCGUCUUUCCCGGGCUGGAGCAUAUGAACUUGACUGCACCUAAUGUUCCGUACAUAGUGUACGGUGGGUCAUAUGCAGGCGGAUUUGCUGCCUUCACGCGGAAGCUGUACCCGAACUUGUAUUUUGGUGCCAUUUCAUCGUCCGGCGUGACUGAGGCCAUAUAUGAUUACUGGCAAUAUUAUGAGCCGAUCCGCGAGUACGGACCACCUGCUUGCAUCGCGGCGCAAACCAAGCUCAUCAACGUUGUGGACAACAUUCUCAUGAAGAAUGACUCGGCAACAGUCCAACAGCUGAAAAGUGGAUUCGGGUUGGAGACUCUGACAUAUAACGACGACUUUGCCAACCUCGUUUCCUAUGGAAUAUCAGGGUGGCAGAGCCGCAAUUGGGACCCUGCUGUCAACGACCCAAGUUUCAGUUAUUAUUGCGGCAACAUUUCAUCGACUAAGGUCCUGUGGCCAAGUACCUCCGCAAUGGCAUCGACUGCAUCAUCUCUGAUCGAGGCUGGAGGGUGGGGUAAUGAGACGGCCACAUUGACCAACAGUUUCUUGAACAUGAUGGCCUGGACCAACGACAGCUACGGUGUUUCCUCAUGCGAUGGACCUCUGAAUUCGUGUUACGACAACCACAACGCCUCUGCGGAGAUGUACACUGAUAAGAGUAUUGACAACUACAACGCUCUUUCGUGGGCUUACCAAUACUGCACUCAAUGGGGAUACCUACAGACGGGAUCGGGGGUCCCUAAGAGUGAGCUGCCUUUGAUCUCUCGCCUCUUGACAUUGGAAUACGAGUCCCUCGUCUGCCGGUUAGCCUUCAACAUCACUUCUCCGCCAGAUGUCCAGGCGAUCAACAAGUACGGAGGAUACAACAUCUCAUAUCCACGACUGGCGUUUAUUGGAGGAGAAGCUGACCCUUGGCGACCGGUGACGCCGUUGGCAACAUUGACCGUUCCCGAUCAGCUGAACCGAACUAGCAAUGCAAGCGAGCCGGUGAUUCUUAUCGCCGGAGCGGUCCAUCACUGGGAUGAGAAUGGCUUGUUUCCGAAUGAGACAACGUCCACGUUACCUCCGGCGCCUGUGGCUCAAGCCCAGAAGCAAGAGGUGUCAAUCGUGAAGGAAUGGUUGACACAGUGGAAAUAAGCAGCACGCCUGAACGGAUAUCGUAUAGACAACAGUAAGGUGUGGUUAC